CUCCAUGACGGAAAUAGUGCCGACAAAAAAUACAGCUCGGCCUAGGCCAACUUUUACCAAAACAAAGGGGAGGUGCAGGAAAAUAGCAAGUUUAUAGGCCUACUGUAGACUAGGGUCACGGUGACCAAGUGGGAGUUGAUAGGCUGUUUAUAAAUAUUAACAAUUACUGUUUGAUUUGAUUUGACAAAAUAUGGCUGAAGAUCAGGGAGUUAGCUCAUUGCCUUUGCCGCCCAAGCAAUACAUAAAGAACUACACUGAUGAGAGAAUACGAAAUGGAAAUAUUCCUAGCCCACCGCGUCCACCUCCUGAUAAAUAUGAUAUGUUUGGUGCAACAUUUCAACCAGAUGAUGCUAUUAUACGCCAGUUGGAAACACAGGGACUACAGCGGCUGCAUCCAAAACAGUUUGAUCACAAAGAAGAGUUGAAACGUCUGAACCAUUCGAUUCUCGUGAAUUUUUUAGAUUUGGUAGACAUUUUGAUCACUGCCCCACAAAGUCCACACAGACAGCAGAAAGUUGAGGACAUUAACUUGGUUUUUAUUCACAUGCAUCAUUUGAUCAAUGAGUUCAGACCUCACCAAGCGAGGGAGACAUUACGAGUUAUGAUGGAAGUGCAAAAAAGGCAAAGACUAGAUACAGCAGAACGAUUUCAAAAACACUUGGAGAAGGUGACUGAAUCACUGCAGAAUUGUCUAGAGUCAUUGCCAUCAAACAUAGGAUACAUAGAAAGUAAAGUGGUGACAUCAAUUGAGAUCGAGCAACAGGAAUCAGGGAAUGUCAAAAAAGAUGCAAAAGAGACAGUAGAACAGAAAAAGACAACAGAGGAUAUUUUUUACGAUAAAGAUAAACUAAUGUGUGAUAUGGUAGACUCUAUCUGAAGUUUCAUCCAUUCACACCAGUGGUGGAUUCAAGGGGUUGGGGGAGUUACAGCAAUCGAGAUCGAACAACAGGAAUCAGGCAAUGUCAAAAAAGCAUGAAAGUGACAGUGGAACAGAAAAGACAAUAAAGGAAACUUUUUACAAUAAAAAUAGACUAAUGUGUAAUAUGGUAUACUCUAUUGGAUUUUUCACCCAUUCACACCAGCGGCGGAUUCAAGAGGUGGGUGGGGGGGGGGUGUAGGUGCAGCUUCACCCUUCUGAAUUGUUCAAAAUUUUUUUUUUUUUAAAGGAGAAAGAAAGAAAAUUAUAUUCAAAUUUUAAGGCUGAGAGUGCCAUUUCCGGCCAUCUAGAAGUGCCAUAAUCAUAAAUUUUCUUACCUUAUUCCCAACCAUGGCAGGGCUGAAAGUGGUAUAGAAACUCCAUCUGUGAAUUCACUUCCUGGGCUCUCUCUAUUUCAAUUUCCGCCACUACACACUAGCAUACUGUAAGUAUAGUAACUUCUCGGGCAUAAGCCUACGUCCUUGAUUACAAAACUACCAAUUUUGGGGGUGUGAUAUUUCCGGAGGAUCAGAAAGUGCAAACAUUAUAGUGAGCCUAGCUAGGCUAGGUGUCUACCUGAAGUACCACAGAAAGUCCAGUCUAGAACUUAGGCCUCACAAUGCACAGAGUGUUAUUUCCAAAAGUUGAAGGUGAGCAUACAUUAUGCAAGGAUUACAUUUUGCAUAAUUAAAGGCAGUUUAAGCUGGGUUUCCUUAGAAUCGCUACACGGUUGCUACAGCGUUUUCACUGCAAUCUUUGCACUGUGUAGCUGUCCCCAACCCAAUUGGGAACACUCCCUGGUGCAAGUGACCAAUCAGCAUCGCCAAAGGAGUCAGCCAUAGCGUGUAGCAAUUUUAUGGAAACCAGCCUUUACUUGGGGUAGGCUUGUACUAUAGUAAUACAAUAAUUUUACAGUACAGUAUUAUGAUGUCUAGUCUGAUAUAAAUAAAGACACCUGAUUCACAACUGCCAAUUACAGGCUAGAGAGUUCAGAAUGUUUACAUUUUCUGUUUAUAUAAACAAGCAUUGCUUAUGAUUGCAGACCUCCAAAAUGUUGACAUAGUAAUUACACUACAUAAAUGCAGUAAACUGUAUCUUGGGAUCUUAUUUUUAAUUAAAAUAGAUGGGAACUGAUUAGCAUUUAUAAAUUGCAAUUAUGUGAGCUCCUUGUAGUCGUUAAUGACAAUAAAAGUUAUGUACAGUACAGUAUUAUAUUUGUCGUUUAUGAACUAGGCCUACAUAUCAAAUUGACAAGUGCUAUCAUUAUGAAAGUGUAGGUUU